AUGGUUGCUUUAUCUAUUGAGAGUUAUUUGGUGGAAGACAUGAGACGUUUGAGGCUUGAGGUUGUUAUGCCUGGUGAUAGGGCUUAUUAUAGUCCAUUGACAGUUCAGCCGACCUUGAGAGAACGAAUUCGUUUAGUUCAAGAGAUUGACCACCAGUGUGAGUGUAUUAAAGGAGAGAUGGCAGAGGGUAAGCAUGUAGACUUUGUGGUUAGUAAUGAUGGGUUGCUUAGAUUCCGUAGCCAAAUUUGUGUUCCUGCUAGUGGUGAUUUGAGGAAAGAGAUUAUGACAGAGGUUAAAGUAGAACAUCAGAAACUCAUGGGGAAGCUACAACUCUUACCUAUACCAGAGUGGAAGUGGGAUCAUAUUACCAUGGACUUCGUGCGAGGAUUACCUCGUACUAAUAGUAAUCACAAUGUAGUUUGGAGCUCUCAUGGAAUUCGAGCCAUGAAGAUGAUUCCCAAAGAUGAUUUGGUCGAUGUGAUGAAUGUGAUGAAUGCUUUAAAAUAUCCCAUGAUUGAUAACCAAGACGAUCAUGCUCAUGCUCAUGCUCAUAAUGAGAUACAUAUAGAUCAUAUUCAUGAUCAUUCAUCAUCACACAUGGAUCACAUAGACCCUUCACUAAUUGUGUUCUUCUUUUUGGAAGACCCAAAGGUAGGAAAAACAAUUCCCAUUGCUUCCCAAAGAGACUCUUCUUCCUCUCCUCAUUUCCUACCCAAAGAGGAAUCCAAUUACAUUUCUUUAUCACUAGAACAACUUCCAAAUCUUCUUCGAAUCUUUUCCUUCCCUCAAGGCUCUCCACAAGCCCAAGCCAUGGAAAGCACACUUAGACAAUGUGAGGUCAAACCUAUCAAAGGCAGGUCAAAAACAUGUGCCACAUCAUUAGAAUCUAUGCUUGAUUUCGUACGUGCCAUGUUCGGAUUAGUGAGCGAAUUCAAAGUUGUAUCAACUAUCCACUUCACAGAAUCAACCUCCAUUCUUCAAAAUUACACUAUCCUAGAAGAUACUCUAGAAAUUUCUGGUCCCAAGAUGGUUGCAUGUCAUACCAUGCCUCACCCAUAUGCAAUUUUCUAUUGUUAUUACCGAGAGAGCAAAAGCAAGGUCUUUUGGGGGGGUGAAAAUGGAGACAGGCUUAAAGCGGUUGUUGUUUGUCACAUGGAUACCUCUCAAUGGAGCCCGGGUCAUGUGUCAUUUCAAGUACUGGGAGUUGAGCCAGGGUCCUCCCCAGUUUGCCAUUUCUUCCCAUCCGAUAAUCUUGUGUGGACUGCAUCAUCUACUUUAAUUAGUCAUAUGUAG